CAGAUCCAAUCCAUUUAGUAUUGUGUCCAACGUAGUUUCACGAGAAUUUACGAGAGGAUUUUCCAGAAUGACGCCAUAUGCAAGGAUAUCACAAUGUGAAUGUCACGACUUUUUGUAGAAUUAGAACUUAUUUGCUGUAUUUAAUCGAAACAUAUUUUUCAUUUGAAGCUGUAACCCACUUCCAUCAUGGCUUGUAUUCAUUACAAGUUUAAGAAUAGUUUGGACUUUGAUUCCAUCACGUUUGAUGGCUUACAUAUUUCUGUAAAGGAUCUGAAGGAAUCCAUCAUGCACAGGAAGAAGUUAAAUGAUACAGAUAUGGAUUUACUCAUCAUAAAUGCAUUGAAUGCUAAAGCAUACAAAGAUGAAGAUGAAAUGAUUCCAAAGAAUGCCUCUGUGAUUGUAGCCAGGAUACCCAAAUCUGAUGCUCCCAAAUCAAAAGGACCUAAAACUUUGAAGGCCUAUAUAGAAGAUCCAAAGCCAGGACCGCAAGUGAAGUUACCAGAUCCAGUCAUUAACAAGGACAACCUUGCAGAGAUUGCUGAUUUGGUGACAGCAGUAGGAUCUGAAGAGGACAAGAUUAAAGCCAUGAUGUCGCAGUCCACUAAAGACUUUGAUCCAGCCAAUUAUCAGAAGAAGCUGCCCAUAGGAACACCAUCACCAUCCUAUAUAUGUUUUAAAUGUAACAAGCCUGGACAUUUCAUCCACAACUGUCCAAAUGCUGCUGCAAACACGGAAACAACUGGUUCCCCAAAAACAACAGAAGUAAAUGAUAUUAGAAUGAAGAGACCAACAGGAAUUCCUCAUACUUUCCUUACGGUUGCUAAGAAAUCAGAACCAGGAGCUAUGUCACUUGGAGGGGGCAGAUUUGCUGUGCCUACUAUAGAUCAGCAAGCAUUUAAGAAAGGAAAGAAAGAGAGACCCCCAUUUUUACCAGCUCUACCAGAAGAGAAGAGAGAGGAUGUGUCAGUACCUUCAGAACUAACAUGUUUAUUAUGUAAAGAUCUAUUAACAGAUGCUGUAGUUAUACCAUGUUGUGGAAAUAGUUACUGUGAUGAAUGUAUAAGAAAUCAUUUAGUAGAGGAUGAUGAUCACAAAUGUCCCACCUGCCAUGAGGAAAAUGUCUCGCCUGAUAAAUUAAUUAUCAACAAGUCAUUACGAGUCUCAGUAAAUAACUUUAAGAAUGAAACAUUGUAUCAGAAACCAGAAAAGCAGAGGUCUCCCUCACCCCCUCCGCCACCCCCACCAAGAAUAACACCUACGACCAGUACCCCAAUAGAAGUUACAUCAUCUCCACUAAGGUUAGAUACAGGUAAAACAAUAGAUUUAACAGCUGAACCUGAACCAGAAACACCUGUCUUAGACGAGAAUCAAGCUAUAGAGGAAAUGGGAAAGGGCAUUGCUGUUUUGAGUGGAAGAAAGGCUGUUACUGCAGAUCAAGACCAGACUUCUGCAACAAACAGAGUAGCUGAGUCUAAGUCUUCAGUAGAGAAUUACGUAGCUCCAGUACAAGUACCUAUACCAUCUUUAGGAGCAUACAGACCAUCCAUGCCACCUGUAUCUCUACCGAACACUAUGCUACCACCCCCAGGAUACAGACCCCCAUUGUUAUAUCCUCCUAGUCUGGUUCCUCCUCCAUACAGUGUACCUCCACGAUUUAUACCACCUCAGGUGUCCAAACCACUGUCAGAACAUGAAUUUUACAGAGAAAAGAAUAGACUUUUAAAAAACAAUCCAUUAGAUGAUUACACAAGACCACCAAUAGAAAAGGAAAAAAAGGAAACUAAAAUAGAAUCAAGGUCUAAAAGUCCAAAACUCAACAAAAUAUCCAAAUCUUCAAGAUCUAGGUCAAGAUCAAAAACCCCCAAAGCAGUUUCAAGAGAUAAAAAGUCAAAAUCACGAUCUCCACCACCAAAGAAACGUUCAUAUUCAAGAACUCCACCUCCAAAGAAACGUUCAUAUACUAAGAGUAGAUCACGAUCACCAUACAGGAAGAAAAAGUCAUUUUCAAGAUCACGUUCACGAUCUUUAACACCAAGGAGAAGUAGAUCACCAAGACCUAGAUCCUUUACACCAAGACCAAGGUCAAGGUCAUGGACACCUAAAAAAUUCAGGGGUAGAUCAAGGUCGUAUACAAGGUCACGAACAAGAUCCAGAACUAGGUCACCAAGAUUUAGAAGGAGGACAUAUUCCAGAUCUCCCCCAUUAAGACGAAGGUCAUAUUCUAGAAGUCUAACACCUAGAAGAAGGUCAUUUUCCAGAAGUCCACCACCCAGGAGGAGGUCAAAGUCCCCAUUUUUCCGAGGAAGACCUAGAUCUCCUGGUUAUUAUGGAAGGGACUGGUCACCACCGCCACCAUACAGAAGUUACAGGAGUCCACCGCCCAGAGGAUUCUCCCCACAGAGAUAUGGUCCAACACCUUAUGGUUUUGGGGGAAGAGAUUUUCCUGCUAGGUUUGACCAGAGAAUUUAUGAGGAGAUAUUUCAAGAUUAUAUAGCUAGAUAUGGUCUUCCUCCACCCCCACCCCCACCCUCAGGACAGUUAGAAAGGGGCAUGUAUUAUGAUACAAACAAAGGUGUAUAUAGGAGAGGAUCCAGAUCUAGGUCAAGGUCACCUAGAGGAUCCAAACGUGACAAGCCUAGGGAUCGUAAAGAUGACAAAUAUUCUAAAGGUAGAGACAAAGACAAGAAAACAGAUAAAUCUGAUAAAUCUAGUAAGACAAAAAGUAAAAAAGAUGAUGACAAAUCUAAAAGUAAGAAGGAAAAUGAAAAGUCUAAAGGAAGAGAGGACAAACCCAAGGAAAAGACUAAGGACAAGGAUAAAGAAAAGGAAAGCAAAUCUAAGGAUAGUAAAUCCACAAAACCUGUUGAAAAGACAGAAUCAAAAUCUGAAAAGACAAAAGAGACCGAUAAGAAAGGUCCUGAAAAGAAAAUAGUGAAAAAAGUGGUAAAAUUAAAAGAUGGAACAAUUGUAAAGAAAGAAUCACUUGCACUUAGAUUAAAAACAAAGGGAGCUAAUCCAAAAUCUCCUGUGAAAGUUGCUAAAGUUGUAACAGCUAAAGCAGCAGUCAGUGAAAGUGAUGACAAAUCAACUUCUGUAAAUAGAUCAGGAGCUCUCAAGACAAUUCAAACUACAGAAAGUAUUAGAAACUUACCUCAAAAGGAAGCUCUGCACUCAAAGAGAAGCAAUUCUAAUCUGAUAGAAAUUAACACUCAGCAUGUUUUGCCGGAGUCGAAGAAGCCUGAAAUCAAAGAAUCAGAUGAUGAGGAGCCUAAAUCGAAGCUUGUUGAUGAAGCGAGCAAACUUGAACCUAUGGAAACUGAACAAUCGAAGAUGGAUAAAGAAAACACCGAUUUGGAAAAUAAAGAUGGUGCAAUAAAUGGAGAAGGAAGUGAUCAAACUAACAAAACCGUUGAUAAAAAGGAAGAGGUUCCAGCAAAAGAAGUCACUCCUGUAAAAUCUCAAAAGAAGGUUAAGGUCGUGAAAAAAGUUAAAAAGGUUAGAAAACUUGUUGAUGUAGAGGCUUCACAAAGUGAUUCUGCGUCAGAUUUAGAAAAGGUCAAAUCAAAAAAGAAAAAACGUGUUCAGGAGAUCAAUGAAAAUAAUGAGAACUCUGAAGAUGAAAGUCCAGCUAAAAGAAUAAAACAUGAUGCUGAAGAAGAUAUGGAAAUUAACAAAAACACUUCUAAAAGUGAAGAUCAGCUGAUGUUAUCUCCACCUGAAUUGUCAAAAUGGGAAAGGGAAGAUUACAAUGAAGACAAAUCACCAGAUCUCAGGGACAAACUCAAAAAGAAAACAGAGAAAAAACCAUUGCCAAGAUCCAUAAUUGAAAGUGCAGAGAAAGCUAUAACACAGAAACAACCAAAACCAGCUACAGUUGCCUCUGCUGUGGUGCCUGCACACCCUCAAAAGAAACCCACGGUCCAUGACCGAUUACAGAAAUCACCUGUUAGACAAAAUGACGAAAGACACCGUAAAUCUCCAGUCUCCAGUGAUCAUAAUAAAAAAUCCCCUGGCCAACAAAAAAGAAGAGUUUACAUGGAUGAUAAUCAGAAACAGAAUCAGAAAGAUGACGAUGAUGGUCGAAGGGUACUCAGUAGGGAAAACUCCAUGCAGAUUACAGUCUCUUCUGAUAAAAAUGAAAAAGAGUGUGAACGAGUUCACAGGAGAGUUUCAGAAAGUGAAAAGGUAGAUAAACGUAGGGUCUCAGAGAGUGAAAAAUCAGAUAAGCGUAAGGUAGUGGGAGGAGAAAAAAGUAAAAUUGAUGUCGCUGAAAAAUCAGAGAAAAUAGACAAGCAAAAAUCAUCUAGGAGGAAUGAAUCUCCAGAAAAAGAAAGUAGACAAAAAGUUUCAAAUAAAGUUUCCACUAAAGUGAAACAGACAAUUGCAAAGAGUGUGAAAGAUAAGAAAAAAGAAAGUAAAGAUAAUGAAAAAGUGAAAGAUACUGAUCAGUAUGAAGGAGAUAAAACAAAAAUGGAGAAAGUAAACGGACAGGAAGAAAAUACCAAAGCAGAAAAUGAAAAUCAGAUUAAAAGGAAAAAGUAUGAGAGGAAAGAGUCUGUUAUUGAUGAGUCAGCCUUUGUACCUGAUUAUAAUGAACACAGUGAUUCAGAUGUUGAAUCUGAAGGCGAAGGAUCAAGCAUGGAGGAAGAAAAAAGUGAUAAGGAAGAGAAGAAACACAAAAAACACAAAAAAGAGAAAAAGAAUAAGAAGAACAAAAAACAUAAACAUAAACAUAAAAAGAAGAAGCAUAAGAAAAACAAAGAGGAAAAGGAGACUACUAGUAAAGUUGAAUGAAAGUUCAUUCUCAUCAUUGGUGCUAUUAUUUAGGAGAAUGUGAUAGCUAACAUACUUUUAGUGCUAAAUUGGGUAUUUUUUAUUUUUUUUAAGUUUUUUAAUCUGAUGCCUACGAAAUUCAUUUGCAGUUUAUAAGGUUCUUCAACAAAGGAUUUGGGUACAUAAAUUAGAAGAGAGUACUUACAGGAGCUCUUUAGGUCCAUAGUAGUCUCUUUUGGUGGAAACCCUCUCUUGUGGGAUAUGAUUGAGUAUGGUAUGUUUGAUUUUGGAGAGAGUCAAAAAAGAUUUGUGUGGACUGUAUAAUUGUUAAUCAGUAAAAUGAUGGAUGUUGUUUAAAAUCUGUUUCUAAAACGAGAAAGUUUGACUGUUCAUUUACCUGAAUAUAUCCAAGUUUUGUAUUCCCCUAAGAUUGUAUUUUAACAGGUUUGCAGUUGCAGAAUAAGAGUGAUUUUAAUGAUAAGUUCUUAUCUUUCUAUUGAUCUUGCUUUUGGUUUGUUUAUUUGAUAUUUCUGGUUAUAUUAGAGAAAUAGUCUGUACAUACUGUCUUUGAAUUGGCUUAUUAUUCUAAUAAGGAUGUGUGUAUAAAGUUCUUCUGAUCAGAUUAGCUAGGUAUUUUAUAUAGGAUCUGGUUGUUUUGUUAUGGUCAGUAUUGGUCACUUGUGAUUAAAAGUGAAUUUGUUUUGUUAACUAAAGUAUUGAUUUUAUUCCCCAGCAAAACAGUUGGCCAUUUUUAUGUUUCAUUUCAAUAUUUAUUCUUAAAAAAAACCAUGUGCUUGUCAGCUAAUCUUAUAGCAUGGAUUCCUAUUUUAUGGUACAUUUUCUAUUUUGUGGUGCAUUAUGGGAGUGAAUGCUUUUGCCAUGUAUAGUAGUGGGAUAGAUGUAAAUAUUGUUCUGAGUUAUUUAUAGAAAAAAACAAAUCAUUCAUUCCUAUAAAUAAAAACAUUUGUAUGUAUCGUAAGUAUAUUGUAGGUAAAGUGAUUUAUUUAAUCUGAAUUAUUUAAAGUGGGAAAAAGAUGAAGAGGUCAACCUUUUAUUAUCAAUGUGUUGUUUUAGCCUUAGGAAACAUUUGGUUUUAUAAACAAUCUGUGAAAAGGAAAAUGCUAAAUAACUUGUUCUUCUAAAAGUAAGCUUUGUAACAGUUAUUGUUUUAUAUACUAUUUGAGAACAUAUGUUUGGAGGUAUGAAUGUAGAAUAUGAAUAUAAUUUUUAACAUUGAUAACCCAAGGUGGACAGUAUACAUUCAUGUAAUUUGUAUGAUAAACCUUUUUUGAUAGAAAUUUUGUAUAUAUAUUUGUAAAUACUAAUGAACUUGUACAGAAUAAAUAAUUAAAACUUCAUAUGAUGAAGUUUGUUAAAUGUACAUUUACAAGUACAUAUGUUUUGGUGUAAAUUUGGUAAAUCUAUUUAAUCAUGAGUUACAUGUCAAGUGCACAUAUAAGCUAUAGUAAGUAAUCAUUCAGGACCUCUUUUAUCAUGUUUUUCAAAGCUGUAAAUACUCAUUGCAAAGAUAUCUAAUUGUUAAACUUCAAAUUAAAAAUCAUGGUAUUACAAAAUCAUAGAUUAGCAAGGGUUUCUUAAGGGGCAUUAAGACUUAUGUUUUUUUUUGUUAAGCCAUUAAUUUUAAUGACAUGUUGCAAAUAUGAACCCAACUGUUUUGAUUUUUUGCAGAACCUCAAAUUCUCUUUGAAGAAGAGUUUUUUAUAAUAAUUAUUCUCUUCAGAAUCCUGUUUUUUUAAAUCAUUCAACUUUUUAUAAUUGCAGUAAAAAUGUGUGUAAAAAUUAUUGUUUAUUCAGAAUUGAAAUAUUUUCUCCAUUUUAUAAAUGUAUAAUUGAUAUGAAAGAGAAUGUUUAUGAGUAAAUUGUUGCAAUAACUUGAUACAGGUUAUACCUUUGUCAUUGAUUGUGUUCAUAUUAAAUGCAGUGGUGAACUGUCAAUAAAAAUGAAAAAGAAAAUUUA